GGGAGGUUUGCAGCUACCCAGAGUAGUCUCGCUGUGUGCAUUUCUCAGCCAGGAUCGGGCCAAAAAUACUUUCUGAGAUGGAUUUAUGCAUUGCUUUUUUUUGAUCAAAUUCACCAACCAAGCCUUGCUUUUUUCCCUUACUUUCUCGGAUAUUUUGUUAGGCACAGUUGAACAACUUUUAAGGACAAGAGUUUCCUGAAGUGAGGACGCAAGAUUUCAUCGCGUGCGAGACGUUGUUGGGAUAAAGGGAUUACCAAAAAAGAAAGAAAAGAAAAGAAACAGUGCUUUCUGCAGUCGUUUGGUUUAUUCCAGACCUGUUCAGCAAGGUGAAAUAAAAGCAAGAACCAGCAAAUCAUCGGGACAGACAAACGCUGCAGUGUCGGGAUCUUUUCCCUCUGUUUAUUUGCGGCUGUGAGUGGGCCGGCAUUCCUUUCUUCUCUCUCACAAGUUUGGCAGAAAUGUGCGUAAACCUGUGAGCGGAGCUGAGAGAGAGCGCGACACCUCCGUUUACGCGUCAAGGCUGGAGAAAGGCUUGCUUUUUUCCCCUCCUUAUUUCUCUGUUUUUAUUCCCUGGGAGUUUUCCUGCAUCCAAAUCUCGGCUCGGGAGUCGUCCCUUUUUGUAACCAACUCUGGCUGUGUCACGGCUCCCCGCCAGAAAGUGGUCCAGUGUGGAUGACGCACAGCUGAUGUCCCAAGGAUCUGAAUGGAGUUCCAGUCGCAUAAAAGCCAACAGUUGUAGCUCCCUCAGCAGGAUGCUGAUGAGGCCAAGUAUACUUCUGUUUCUGACGUUCUUCGCCCAGAUUUUAAAGACCCAGUGCCGGCCCGCUCACGCCGAUGAAGUGUCCACGGAACAACAAGCAGAGCUGUUCACCCUUUAUCUCGGGGAUCGUCUGCUUCUAAGUUGCUCGGCCAAGGACUCCCCCCACACCGUCAACUGGACUAAAGACCAUGUCCCCGUCGUGGAUGGAGAACACACCCGCAUUCGCAGCGGCCAGCUGGAGAUCGAGACCGUGGAGCUCAGUGACUCCGGCCUGUUCAUGUGCACCACGUUCGGGAACCACAGCAUCUAUUUCAACGUCACAGUUUACACCUUGGCCUCAUCUGAAGACGACGAUGACGAGGAGGAGUCUUCAUCAGAGGAAACCAAACUGUUAGGCAGCCAGAAACUGAUGCCAAUGGCCCCACAAUGGGUUCACCCAGAAAAGAUGGAAAAGAAGCUUCACGCUGUUCCGGCCAGCAAGACUGUGAAGUUUCGAUGCCAGGCCAGUGGCAAUCCAACUCCCACUCUGAAAUGGUACAAGAACGGGAAGGACUUCAAGAAGGACCAUCGCAUUGGAGGCUUUAAGGUCCGUGACCACAUGUGGACCAUCAUCAUGGAGUCUGUAGUUCCCUCUGAUAAGGGAAACUACACCUGCGUGGUGGAAAACCAAUACGGCAGCAUUAACCACACGUACCUGCUGGAUGUCGUCGAGCGCUCCCCCCACAGGCCAAUCCUUCAAGCUGGCUUGCCAGCCAAUCGCACAGUGGUGGUCGGCAGCGACGUGGAGUUCGAGUGCAAAGUGUUCAGCGACCCGCAGCCGCAUAUCCAGUGGCUGAAACACAUCGAGAUCAACGGGAGCCGCGUCGGGCCGAACGGCGUGCCGCAUGUUCGUCUCCUCAAGCAUUCUGGGGUGAAUAGCUCGGACGCUGAGGUGCUCACCCUCUACAAUGUGACUGAGGAGGAGAGCGGAGAGUAUAUAUGUAAAGUGUCCAAUUAUAUAGGAGAAGCAAAUCAGUCGGCUUGGCUGAUUGUGACCCGAUAUGAGCCCGCAGCUGUGACACAAUACCCCCCGACCAACCACACCUACUUGGAGGUGGUCAUCUACUGCGUGGGCUUCUUUUUCAUCGCCGUCAUGAUAGCCAUCGUAAUUAUUGUCAAGAUCCGCACCUCGUCCAAGAAGAGUGACUUCAACAGUCAGCUGGCGGUCCACAAGCUGGCCAAAAGCAUCCCUCUGCGCAGACAGGUAACAGUGUCUGUGGACUCCAGCUCCUCCCUCCAUUCUGGAGUGAUGCUGGUCCGUCCCUCCCGGCUCUCUUCCAGCGGCUCUCCAAUGCUGUCGGGAGUCUCGGAGUAUGAAUUACCCCAGGAUCCCCGCUGGGAGCUCCUCAGGGACAAACUGGUUCUGGGGAAGCCGCUGGGAGAAGGCUGCUUCGGUCAGGUGGUGAUGGGCGAGGCGCUGGGUCUGGACAAAGAGAAGCCCAACCGCGUCACCAAGGUCGCAGUGAAGAUGCUGAAAUCUGACGCCACAGAGAAGGACCUGUCAGACCUGAUCUCAGAGAUGGAGAUGAUGAAGAUCAUCGGGAAGCACAAGAACAUCAUUAAUCUGCUGGGAGCCUGCACACAGGAUGGACCUCUAUAUGUGAUAGUUGAAUAUGCAUCCAAGGGCAACUUGAGGGAAUACCUGCGAGCGCGGCGGCCCCCUGGCAUGGAGUACUGCUACAACCCGGACCAGGUGCCCAUCGAGAACAUGUCCAUCAAAGACCUGGUGUCCUGCGCCUACCAAGUGGCUCGAGGGAUGGAGUACUUGUCCUCCAAGAAGUGCAUCCACAGGGAUCUCGCUGCUCGCAAUGUCCUGGUGACGGAGGACAAUGUGAUGAAAAUAGCUGACUUUGGCCUGGCAAGAGACAUCCACCACAUCGAUUACUAUAAGAAGACCACCAACGGUCGUUUACCCGUCAAGUGGAUGGCUCCCGAGGCUCUGUUCGACCGGAUAUACACUCACCAGAGCGAUGUCUGGUCGUUUGGGGUGCUGCUCUGGGAGAUCUUCACCCUGGGAGGUUCUCCAUACCCGGGCGUCCCAGUGGAGGAGUUGUUCAAGCUGCUGAAGGAAGGUCACCGCAUGGACAAGCCUACGACGUGCACCCACGAGCUGUACAUGAUGAUGAGGGACUGCUGGCACGCCGUGCCCUCUCAGAGACCCACGUUCAAGCAGCUGGUGGAGGACCUGGACCGUUGUCUGGCCAUGACGUCUAAUCAGGAGUAUUUGGAGCUCUCUGUGCCUCUGGACCAAUAUUCCCCCGGCUACCCCGAUAUCCGGAGCUCCACCUGCUCCUCUGGCGAGGACUCUGUUUUCUCCCACGAUGCCGGAGCGGAGGAGCCCUGCCUGCCAAAGCUCCCUCCUCACUCCAAUGGGGCAGCCAUUAAGAAACGCUGAUACCUCAUCUUCAUUCAGACAAACAUUGACAUUUCCUCUGCUCCCUGCCUCAUGGGGUUGGACUCCUCCCCACAUUCCCAGAGAUGAAGCUAAAAAACACUGGUGCUCUGUGAGAGAGGAGCUUGGACACGCUGCGUAGAACCGCUGGGAGCACAUGGACUGCAGACGGCAGCCGUUUGCCCCAGAUCUCGGUGGCGGCGGCGAAAACGACGAUGAUGUUUACGGGGCACUUUGUAUUAACAGGAGUGGCAAUUUGUCACAGUGUCAGGAAAAAAAAACGGAAAAGACUUGCUUUUCUCUUCCCCGCGGGGAUUCCAGUGCGGUCAGGAGAGCUGAAAGGACCGGCUCAGAUACGUCGGUUUUUUCUCUUUUAGCCCCCUCCACGGUCAUUUCCUCACUAGUGAAAGAUGGAGUUUGUGCUUUUCGGUCGAGAGAAAAAACACAAGCCAGACGUGCAGCACAGUGGUCCACUGCAUCAUUCCCUUUUCCUGUAAAUACAGUUAGAUAAUUUUAAAUAUGAAUAUAUAUUUACAGUUUACUCUUAUUUUUAUUAACAUAAUUGAUUUAUUGUCUUUUGUACAAGGAUGCCGUUGUCUCAGUUACUUUCUAAUAUAAUCUGUAGGGGCAGUUGUUACAUGAGGGUAUUUUGACAUUGCUGAUAAUUACAUGGCCAGUUUUCCUUUUUUUUUUUUCUCAGCCUCAUAACACGUUUAAUACCCCCCCGAAUAUCCAUAAUCAAUUGAAGAAAAAUAUAUUGGGUUAUAUUUUUUUAACUGUAAAUGCAUUUUAUGAUCCAGCCUUGCAAUACAGGGUAACUCAGUGUUCAGGGUUUCUCUCCAGCGGAAGAUCGAUUCAUGAGUAUAAUGUUUGUCUGCGGCGUGUGCAUCAUUUGCCUCAUUUGAGAUUGCUCAUUUAACCUCCAUGGAUGUUGACAACUGUAAAUAUUCCUAGUUGUACACCAUGCUUGAUGAAAUCUAGUGUAACCAGCUUCGGUCAACAUCACGCACGUCCGGUGUGCGCGACUUUGACGUGAUGAACUUCUCCUGUAAGUGCUUUAACGAGAGUUACAUUUGCUGCCAUAUAACUACAGAGUGGAGGGUUUGCAAGAACACCUAUGUCAUCGUUUAAAUAAAAAAGAAUUGCAUUAAAUAAACUGUUAUUGAUAAACAA